AUGAACACUGGCAGCGGUGCUGGUAAGACGGCUACGUCUUGGGCCUCCACGUCUACCUACGUCUACCCUGUCGUCAUUCAGAGCGCGGCUCAUACUGGCAAAGCAUACUUGGUCUUCCUCUCCAGUCAGACGUACGGAUUUUCGGCCGCCGCCUCUCAUAAAUUUCACCUGUGCUUGACACGUCCCGAGACUACGCAGCGUCAUACUACCUCUACAAAGUACUCGUACACAGGCUCAGCUGCAAUUGGAUGCACUGUCGAAGUAUAUGCUAACGAUUUCUCAAUCACCAGCCAGACUAUCACAUCGCUCGGCGGCGCAGUCAAGUACACGCGUACACCCUCAGCAAUCAAGUCUUCUAUCGUUGCUCACUGCAACGUCACAUUCUCCUACACCCACAAUGGCCGAUGUGAUAUCGUCAACGUCGCAUACUUCGCCCCCGGCCCAUCGUCGUUCAAGAACCGCUUCCUAGCCACCAGCGUUGGAGGCCUGGCGAUCAACCCCAAAGCCACUUCAGUCGCUGGAGACGUCAGCAUUGGAGCUGUAAGCGGCCUCACAGACGGAGGGUUCGGUGACUUCAACACGCAGGCAGACGUGCACUUCUUGGUCGCCAACGGGACCGCCAAGUGGGAAAACGCAUACACGUUCGGCUACCGAGCCAUCCACGAGAUGACCGUGCUCGUCAAAGCCUUCACCAGGAACCUCAUGGUCAUGCAGGAGAGCACCAAGCUGCACGCCUACUACCAAGGGUGCUCCGAGAGCGGCCGCGUCCUUGCGGUCUGCAGUCACCCGCCGUUCGGCUGGUAG